GAGAAAGAAGUGAGGAAAGAGACUUGAGGUAGUCCAGCUUCAAAACCGCUCGACUCACCUCAGAAUCCUCGCUGAGUUCUCUCCGCCCGGCACAGCCCCCUCCCCAACGUCCCAAUACGAAGGGCUGAGGGACGUGAGGAUGAAAGACUGCAAGUCCCGCGAUGCUCUCGGCUGGCAGGUGGCGGAGAUUGUACCGGAAGACGCUUCGUGGGUUUGAGGAGUUCAGUGACUGCUAUUGAACCACCAAAAGUCCAUUAUGAAACUGUAUUGCCUGUCAGGGCACCCAACCUUACCAUGCAAUGUGCUCAAAUUCAAAUCAACCACCAUUAUGUUGGACUGCGGACUGGACAUGACUUCUACCCUCAAUUUCCUUCCUUUGCCACUUGUUCAAAGUCCCAGAUUGUCCAAUCUUCCUGGCUGGUCCCUGAAGGAUGGAAAUGCUUUCUUGGACAAGGAGCUAAAGGAGUGCUCGGGUCAUGUAUUUGUGGAUUCUGUGCCGGAAUUCUGUUUACCAGAGACGGAGCUAAUAGAUCUGUCUACAGUAGAUGUGAUUCUCAUCUCUAACUAUCACUGUAUGAUGGCGCUGCCAUACAUCACCGAGCACACCGGCUUCACAGGCACAGUGUAUGCCACAGAACCCACUGUCCAGAUCGGCAGGCUUCUCAUGGAAGAGCUGGUGAAUUUCAUUGAAAGAGUGCCAAAGGCUCAGUCUGCCUCCUUGUGGAAGAAUAAGGACAUUCAGAGAUGGAGUUUCACUCUGUCUCCCAGGCUGGAGUGCAGUGGUGCAAUUUCGGCUCACUCUAACCCCUGCCUCCCAAGAUUCAGGCGAUUCUUCUGCCUCAGGCUCCCAAGUAGCUGGGACUACAGGCUGUUACCUUCUCCUCUCAAGGAUGCAGUGGAAGUCUCAACCUGGAGAAGAUGCUAUACAAUGCAAGAGGUGAACUCUGCCCUUAGUAAAAUCCAGCUGGUGGGAUAUUCUCAGAAAAUUGAGCUUUUUGGUGCGGUCCAGGUGACUCCUCUGAGCUCUGGCUAUGCCCUUGGGAGCUCCAACUGGAUCAUCCAGUCUCAUUACGAGAAAGUGUCUUAUGUCUCUGGAUCCUCCUUGCUUACCACACACCCCCAGCCCAUGGACCAAGCUUCUCUCAAAAACAGCGAUGUUCUUGUUCUGACAGGGCUUACCCAGAUCCCCACUGCAAACCCAGAUGGAAUGGUGGGAGAGUUCUGCAGCAACCUAGCUCUGACAGUCCGGAAUGGAGGAAACGUGUUGGUUCCCUGCUACCCUUCUGGAGUGAUCUAUGACCUCCUGGAGUGCCUGUAUCAGUACAUCGACUCAGCCGGGCUCUCUAGCGUCCCCCUCUACUUCAUCUCCCCUGUGGCCAACAGUUCACUGGAGUUUUCCCAGAUCUUUGCUGAGUGGCUUUGUCACAACAAACAGAGUAAGGUGUAUCUUCCAGAACCACCUUUUCCUCAUGCAGAGCUCAUUCAGACCAAUAAGCUGAAGCACUACCCCAGCAUCCACGGAGACUUCAGCAACGACUUCAGACAGCCCUGUGUGGUGUUCACCGGGCACCCUUCCCUCCGCUUCGGGGACGUGGUCCACUUCAUGGAGCUCUGGGGAAAAUCUAGUCUCAACACCGUCAUAUUCACGGAACCAGACUUCUCCUACCUGGAAGCCCUGGCUCCUUACCAGCCGCUGGCCAUGAAAUGCAUCUACUGCCCCAUCGACACCCGGCUGAACUUCAUCCAGGUGUCAAAGCUGCUUAAAGAAGUGCAGCCCCUGCACGUGGUGUGUCCCGAGCAGUACACCCAGCCGCCCCCAGCCCAGUCCCACAGGAUGGACCUCAUGAUCGACUGCCAGCCCCCCGCCAUGUCCUAUCGGCGGGCCGAGGUUCUCGCCCUGCCCUUCAAACGUCGGUAUGAGAAGAUCGAGAUCAUGCCAGAGCUCGCAGAUUCACUGGUGCCCAUGGAGAUCAAGCCUGGCAUCUCCUUGGCAACUGUCUCGGCCGUGCUGCACACCAAAGAUAACAAGCACUUGCUUCAGCCCCCUCCUCGGCCCGCCCAGCCCACGAGCGGGAAGAAGAGAAAGCGGGUGAGCGAUGACGUACCGGACUGCAAAGUUCUGAAGCCUUUGUUGAGCGGUUCCAUCCCCGUGGAGCAGUUCGUGCAGACCCUGGAGAAGCAUGGCUUCAGUGAUAUUAAGGUGGAGGACACAGCCAAGGGCCAUAUCGUCCUGCUCCAGGAAGCUGAGACGCUCAUCCAGAUUGAAGAAGACUCAACCCAUAUCAUCUGCGACAAUGACGAGUUGCUCAGAGUGCGACUGCGGGACCUUGUCCUCAAAUUCUUACAGAAGUUCUGAGUGGGCCAUCUGAGCCACUUCCCUGAAAUCCUGCAGUCCCUCACUGGCUGCCCUCACAAGCCACCUGAGGAGUGGCAUGAGAGGCCAUUAACCGUGUCUUUGUGGUGUCCUCUGGCUUAAGGAGUGAAGAGGUGGCUCUUGAGGGAAAUGGUCUGGACUUAUUCCCAGCACUGUUUCAGGCAAGAACUUUCCCUUUCAACUUCAGGCUCAUUUUCUUCUCAACUGUGGCUCUCUCGAGAUGCUGGAGGGUGGCAGAAGUGGGACAGGAGCAGUUUUCCAAGAGGUUCGUAGGAGUCAGGGAGGCAGAGGAGACUGGCUGGCUGUCUUGCAUGAGUCCCAGGCCUCGGGCAGGGGAGCCAGCCUUUGGUUUCGUUUACUUGCCUACAGUGCUGUACCCAAUAAGAUGAUCCCAAAAUACGGUAAAGUGAACCCAUCUGUCUGCAUUUUCUACUCUGAGCCCAUUUGUUAAUAAAAACUUAUUUUUAUAUAA